CCAUGUCUAUUUUUGUGUCAGUCAUUUUGAGUCUAGUAGAAAUAUUUUUUACUGGAAAUAAAUGCACUAAACAAGUUAUCUGAGUGUUUGUGUUUUCACAUAAUAUGGAGCAUGUGAAUAAGUUAACCCGGUGUUGGGUUGUCGGUCAGUUUAAUCCGGGAGCUCACAAAGACACGUCCGGUCAGCACGGAUAACUACACUACACUGAUGAAAGAAUCUAAGUUUGAAAUAUCAAAGGUUUACACCAUCAGGUAGAAAAAAGGAAGGUAUUAUAAAAUCAGAGUUUGUAGCAAAGACUCAAUUCCUUUAAUUGUCUUAAUUUCAGAAGAACCUGGUGAUCUCAGGACAUUUGGUGGUCUUGAUAUAAAUUACUCAGCUUAUAAAGAUAAUGGCUCUAAAAACAUGAAGAAUUACAAGAAUGUAAUCAAACCAAGUUUACUGAAGGAAUCAGAUAAUACCCUUGUCCUGGAUGUUGUACCCCUUCCAGAGCUGCAUUUGCUGAUGAAAAUAGUAACUGUGUGUUCUCAGCUUCUUUGUAAUCAGCCAGCUGUCACUAAUUGGUUUAAAGCUUCUGGAAUUAUAUUCCAUGGUUAUAAUGGUGGAGGUCUAGAUGGAAGAAACAGUAACAAGGUGCUGAAAAAACUGGAGACUUGUUCUUCUUUUGUAAUUGAAGAGUGUCCUGAUUACCUUCCACUGGUUGAUCUUUUGAUGAAGUUUAACUCUGUUGUAAAAUCUUGCUUUGGAAUGGAGCUCUUAGAUGGCUAUGGCAUGGCCUUUGAAGAUUUUAAGAAUGAGCUAAAGGUACAGGUUUUUUCAUAUGAUAAGACUUAAAGGGACCGUUCACUU